AGCAGAGGAAAUAUUCAAUCUGUGUCGCUCACUCCUGUGAGACUGUCUCCUCACUCCAGAACUGGAAAAGGAAGCAAUCACCAAAAUGAAGACUGCUUUAAUUUUGCUCAGCAUUUUGGGAAUGACCUGUGCUUUCUCAAUGAAAAAUACGCAUCGAAGAGCCAAAUUAGAGGAUUCUGAAGAAAAUGGGGUCUUUAAGUACCGGCCACGAUAUUCUCUUUACAAGCAUGCCUACUUUUAUCCUCCUCUAAAACGAUUUCCAGUUCAGAGCAGUAGUGACUCAUCUGAAGAAGAUGGAAAUGGUGACAGCUCAGAAGAGGAGGAAGAGGAGAAUUCAAAUGAAGAAGAAAACAAUGAGGAGAAUGCAAAUUCUGAUGAAAACGAAGAUGAAGAAUCUGAGGCUGAGAACACCACCCUUUCCACCACACCUGGCUAUGGAGAGGAGACCACACCUGCAACAGGGUAUAUAGGUCUAGCUGCAAUGCAACUUCUCAAGAAGGCUGGGGAUAGAGGACACAAGGCUACAAAAGAGGAGGAGAGUGAUGAAGAAGAGGAAGAUGAAGAAAAUGAAGCAGAAGUGGAUGAAAACGGGCAAGGCAUAAAUGGCACCAGCAGCAACAGCACAGAGGCAGAAAAUGGCAAUGGCAGCAGUGAUGGAGACAAUGGAGAAGAAGGUGAAGAAGAAAGUGUCACUGAAGCCCACGCAGAAGGAACCACAGUGGCUGGAAAGCAGGACAGUGGUGGCUCGAAGACAACAACCUCUCUAGAUGGUGGGUUUGAACCCACGACUCCACCACCAGAGCUCUACGGGACUACCACCCGACCAUCUGGGGAAGCCACCCCCACCGGGUAUGAGGGAGAGUACGAACAAACAGGCACUAAUGAAUACGACAGUGGGUAUGAAGUCUAUGAAAAUGAAAAUGGGGCACCUCGCGGGGAUAAUUACCGAGCCUAUGAGGAUGAGUACAGCUACUACAAAGGGCACAGCUACGACGGCUACGAUGGUCAAGAUUACUCCGACCGCCGCCAGUGAAGGGCCGGCCUGCGGCGAACGCCUCUGCGCUGGCAUUCCACGCGGCCACACUUCCGAAGUUCAACUCAGGAAGGUGAAAUGUGACAGUGUGCAUAUCACAGUGUGGAACGGUGCUACUGUUCCAAAAUAAUUCUCUGUAAUUGCUUCUGCAAGGAAUGGGUUUCUUGUUGCUUUUCCCUGGUAGGUUAUUGAAAGGUUAUUGUAAAUCAGGGCCACUUACACCAAUCCAUGAGAUUGAGUUCAAUUACAUGUUUUGAGGUUGCAGUUUUAGAAAUAGUAUUCUUAACAUGUUUGUACUGCUAAAACUCUUCAUGCAAGAAGUGCUUCUAAGAGUUAACUUUAAUGACACUAUAUACAAAAUAUGUGUAGUUCUUUAAUCACACUACCUAUCCAACACUGUAUAUUAUGUUUAAUUAUCCUCUUCAUGUAUUUUUAUGUGACCUUUAUGCAUAUU